AUGCGCAGCUUUGCAGGUUUCGAGAUGUCCGUACGGUGGUACUAUCGCCGCAUUCGCGCCCUAUGUGGGAAGAUCCAUACCGCUGCCAGCUUUGUCCAUCCCGCAAAUCGGGCCAUAACCAACCGCUUCUUGUCAUCGCCACAAAUGCAAUUCGUGGAGGAUCUCCUUGCUGAAUUACAUCCCAGCGACGACUGGAAUGCAUGCUGGGACUGGGAUGACAUGUUCACAGAGUUUCAGAACUACGUCAAGGGCCGCGAGGAGCAGCUAGAGGAGAGACUCCGCAAAGUCAAAUAUUACAUCGACGAGGCGAACACUCUGACGAGUCUUAUCGUCGACUCCGGAGAGAGACCAGAAACAGUAGGCAUGCAGCUAUGUCUAUACGAUGAAGCUCCUUACUCACCCUAUACGUAG